CCGGGCGGAAGUGAAGGGAGCGUAUGGAGGCGGAGGAGCGGAAGUCCGGGGCAGGAAGCAAAGCAGCGGCUGGCGAACGACCGAAGAGGAUGAACAACAAAUUCGACGCUUUGAAGGAUGAUGACAGUGGAGAUCAUGACCAGAAUGAAGAGAACAGCACACAGAAAGAUGGUGAGAAGGAAAAAAACGAUAGAGACAAAUCCCAAAGUAGCAUCAAGAGGAAGGCUGUGGUACCAGGACCUGCGGAGCAUCCUCUGCAGUAUAAUUACACCUUCUGGUACUCCAGACGGACGCCUGGGAGGCCCACCAGCUCUCAGAGUUAUGAACAGAACAUCAAACAAAUUGGCACCUUUGCUUCCGUGGAGCAGUUUUGGAGGUUUUACAGCCACAUGAUCCGUCCUGGAGACCUGACAGGCCACAGCGACUUUCAUCUUUUCAAAGAAGGAAUUAAACCCAUGUGGGAAGACGAUGCCAACAAGAAUGGAGGCAAGUGGAUUAUCCGCCUUCGAAAGGGCUUAGCAUCUCGCUGCUGGGAGAACCUUAUUCUCGCAAUGCUGGGGGAACAAUUCAUGGUGGGGGAAGAGAUCUGUGGGGCAGUCGUAUCUGUUCGUUUUCAGGAGGAUAUCAUCUCCAUAUGGAACAAGACAGCCAGUGACCAAGCAACCACAGCCCGGAUAAGGGACACAUUACGGCGAGUGCUCAACCUUCCCCCUAACACCAUCAUGGAAUACAAAACGCACACAGACAGCAUCAAGGCCUGGGAAGAGUUUCACGGCCUGGUGAACAGCAGCGGUCGCUGAGUGAACGCUCUCCCUCCCUCUCUCACACACCCAGGGGAUAAUUCAAGCUUCCGAAAUACCAAGAUCGCACUAUGAGGAGGAGGAGGAGGAGGAAGCGAGGGGGUUACAGCACUCAGCUCCUCCUGCUCCAUCCGGCCCUGAGAAAGUGUGGCAUUGGGGGUCUUCAUAUGGCACCCUGCCAUUUGUCCUGGUUGGGAAAGAUGUGCAGGAUGAUCUAGUUCCUUGACCUCCCCAAGGAUUUCUUUCUUUUUACAUCUGCAUUAAAGACUGACCUUUUGGGGCCCAAACCUUUUUUGCUGGCAGAGCAGGUGUUGGUGUGGUGCUUUCCUUGGAGGAGCUGGAGCGCCUCCCUCUUUGCCUUCUGCUCAGGACUGGUUGGGUAAGGCAGGUGUCCUCUCCCAGAGGCCACUCUGCCUAGGGUUUUUCCAGUAUUACAAGCGUCUCCACUGCAGAGGCAGCAGGAUAAUUGGCAGGCGUCCUCCCCCUUUCCACUUCUGCCAAUAAAGGAUUAGACCUCU